AUGGGUCUUGAAUCAUCUAAACCAUCAAAGCCUGUUUCAUAUGGACCCAUAUUUACUGUUCGUGGCCGUCUGUAUCGUACUUUAGAUGUCAUUGGCCAAGGUGCUCAAGCCAUUGUAUAUCGAUGUGAAGAUCAAAAUGCUGUUCAAUUUGCUGUUAAAGUUUUUCAUUUUUCACGUUUACGUCGCUCUCAAAGAUCUUAUCGCAUUCGAAGUUUUGACAAAGAAGCACGCAUUUUAAAACAUCUGGGUGGACGUUCGCGUCAUUUUAUACAUUUGUUUGAUUACGAAUAUAAGCGUAAAGAAAAGAUCGGUUAUAUGGUCAUGGAAUUAGGAGAUGGAGAUUUAAGACAAUACCUCGUAGGAGCGCCAUUAACAGAUAUACUUCGACGACUCUUUUGGAAACAGAUUGUUGCUAUCUUGAGAGCUCUUAAAGAUGCGAAUGUUGGUAAUUGA